AUGUCGAAAUCAGAUUCCUCUGUCGAUGAAAAGAGUAUCCGGAGCGUAGGGGGUGCUGAAGCCGCUGUCCCAGGCUACACAAUCGAUCCCGAAGCCGAGAAGAGGCUAUUGCGGAAGUUGGACUGGAGAUUGCUCCCGCUUGCUACUGCUAUAAUCUGUUUGAAUUUUAUUGAUAGGGCUGCCAUUGGAAAUGCAAAGAUCGCUGGUCUCGAAAGAGAUCUAGGAAUGGCUGGAUACGACUUCAACAUCGCGCUAACAGUGUUUUAUGUUUUUUUCGUUGUCUCGGAAGUACCCUCCAAUCUACUCCUCAAACGCUUUGGGACAGUCAUCUUAGCGAUCACGGUAAUCGGCUUCGGUCUCUGCACUCUGGGGUCGGCAUUCGUAACUUCGUACGAUGGCCUUAUCGUCACCAGAGUAUUUUUGGGAAUAUCUGAGGGUGGCACAUUGCCAGGGUUGACCUACGUUCUGGCCCGUUACUACCGAAAGAAGGAAUUCGUGUUGAGGCUCAGCGUCUUCUUCGGUGUCGCCCCAUCUCUAGCGGGUGCUUUCGGCGGCCUGCUUGCUUCUGGUUUGCUCAAAGUUGGUGACUUCGGCACCAUCAAAUCAUGGAGGAAAAUCUUCUUCAUCGAAGGCCUCCUCACAAUCGUCGUUGGGAUCGCAUGUCUCUAUCUCCUCCCAGCCGACCCUCGUAAUACCAGGAUGUUCAACGAGGAGGAACGUGCGUUGGCGCUGGCGAGGAUUGACGCAGACUCUGUUGUUAAGAAUCAGGGCAAGAAAGAGAAGGCGACUUGGAAGCUGGUGUGGAGGGCAUUCAACUUCAACACGAUCCUUUGCUCGUUGGUGUACCUCUUGCUCAACAUAUCCUUCCAAGGUCUGCUUCUGUUCAUGCCUACCGUCAUAGCUGGCCUUGGUAAAUUCACUGUCGUGAUGUCUCAGCUCCGCACUGUGCCCCCUUUCCUUACCGCCGCUGUAUGGGGUCUUAUAUUUUGCUAUCUCGGACUCCGCCUACGAAAGCACGCUGUGGUUAUGCUUGCGACUAUGCCUUUGGUCGUGAUCGGUUAUGCAAUUUCCAUUGGGACAACUAAUGCUGACGCUCGUUACGCUGCAUGCUUCUUAGUGAUUGCUGGCGCAAUUCCCACAGGUCCAAUAGUAUACGCUUGGGGAGUCGGGAAUUCUGCGCCUGACACUGUCCGCGCUGUUACUACCGGCAUUAUCCCAGGUAUCGGAGCAAUUGGAUCCAUCAUUGCCGUGUGGACAUAUCUACCUUUUGAUGCCCCCAACUAUCGUACCGGAAAUACGCUGAAUCUGGUAACAUCUUCCACUAUCAUCGUGGUCAUCACCAUUGGGAUGGUAUACAUCAUCUGGGAAAAUGCGAAGCGCGAACGUGGAGAAAGGAAUUACAGACUGGAGAACAAGUCAGAGGAGGAAAUCGAGCAGUUGGGGUACCUCCAUCCUCAGUUCCGAUACACUUUGUAG